UAGGUACUGAGCCAUAUACGAACAGGCGUUAAUUCGGUCGCCCGCUGGUCCUUCCUCCUUUUCUACGUCCCUGAGCGAGGCCGCCGUCAAAAUGAACGAGACAGUUACAGUCAGGACUCGCAAGUUCAUGACGAACCGGCUGCUUCAGAGGAAGCAAAUGGUCGUUGAUGUUCUGCAUCCCGGCAAGGCCACAGUCCCCAAGACUGAGAUCCGGGAGAAGCUCGCCAAGAUGUACAAGACCACCCCUGACGUCGUGUUCGUCUUUGGCUUCAAGACUCAGUUUGGCGGUGGCAAGACAACAGGCUUCGCCAUGGUCUACGACUCCUUAGAUUACGCCAAGAAAAACGAGCCCAAACACAGACUGGCCAGGCACGGUCUUUAUGAGAAAAAGAAGACAUCCAGGAAGCAGCGCAAAGAACGCAAGAACAGAAUGAAGAAAGUACGAGGCACCAAGAAAUCCUCCGUGGGCGCUGCCAGCAAAAAGAAGGUAAAUCAAUGUUCAAGAGUAGGCUAACUCCAGUGUGCUCAUAAUCCUCCAGUGAUGGAUAAUAGCUAACCUCUCCUUACCGCAUCACCAACCCAC